CGGCUGCCUGGGCCUCUUGCAGGGGCCGGUCGGGGGUCCGGCCGCAGACCUCGGACGGCAGGGCGCCCGUGUCCCAGCACACCGGGGCUCUUGCUCCACGGACGCAGCGCCAACAGCGCGACCACGGCGGGACUGAGGUCACGUUUCACUCUGCCGUCUGUGUUUUGGACACGUUCUCACAAUGGAGUUCCCUGAUUUGGGGAAGCACUGUUCAGAAAAAACAUGCAAGCAGCUAGAUUUCCUUCCGUUAAAAUGUGAUGCGUGUAAACAAGAUUUCUGUAAAGAUCAUUUUACCUAUGCUGCACAUAAGUGUCCCCUUGCAUUCACCAAGGAUGUCCGGGUCCCGGUGUGCCCACUCUGUAACAGCCCCGUCCCAGUGAAACGGGGGGAGAUCCCCGAUGUGGUGGUCGGUGCGCACAUGGAUGGAGACUGUCGGCGUCCCCCUGGGCAGGAGACGGCAAAGGUGUUUACGUUCCGCUGCUCCAGGGAGGGCUGCAGGAGGAGAGAGAUGCUGCGGGUGGUGUGUGAGGAGUGCCGCGGCAGCUUCUGCCUCCAGCACAGACACCCUCUGGACCACGGCUGCGCCCGCAGGGGCCACCCCGGCAGCUUAGCCGGGAGGAGUGAGAGUCCCCUGCCGCUUCCUGUGACCGUUUCUUGUGGCGUCUGCCUGAACCAGGCGGAGGGUCCUCUCAUCCCUGCGCAUGUGGCCUCCGUGCUAGAGGUUCAAAGUAAAGUGAUGGCGUGACUGAUCGUGCCCAGACUGGCCUGUUCUCGUGUGUUACCUGCACUUUAUGCUCUAGCAGGCCCCUGCUUCCCAUGCGAGCAGCUCUGGCCUGGGUGUCAGUCAAGGGGCUUCCGUCACUCAAACCACCCACAGCGGGUCACACGACGUUUUCCCCAUGUGGCUCCUGUGGUUGGCCAUCCGAGCCCAGGUGGAGGGGGACCGCCUCCCCUGUUGGGGUCCUUGUCCAGGUGGCCCCCGCUCACCACUCCUGCUCCAUCCACUGAGAGGACAGCCGUGACCCUCUGACUGCAGGCGUUGAAGUGAUGCCAGGAGAGUCCUCGUCUCCUGGGACCUCGGGCACCAGGAAACUGGAGGAAGAGAAAUGCUGUCCGGUUGGGUCCUCAUUGUAACCCACAGGGCACGCAGCCGGGUGCCAGACAAACACCACACGGUUACCCUUUGUUUGCUGGGUUCAGAGCCUCAGGGUACGAUGGAGGGCAGUGUUGGGUGCCCGUCCGCAGGUGGGUGAUGCUGCUGUUUGUGGCCCUCCUCUGGUUAGCAGUGGCAGGUCUAGGCUGCUGGCUCUCCAGAUGUGCCAGGAUCGCCUGGGUGCCUGUGAGGAGCGCCGCCCCCGCCCUGCCCGAGUCCUGAUGCCGUGGGUCUUGGGGCCACGUGCAUGGAGCGCUUCCUGGGGUCCGGGUCUACUCGGCGGUCACUAGCGGGACGGGGGAGCCUGGUGGGCUGCCGUCUAUGUGGUCGCACAGAGUCGGACAUGACUGAAGCGACUGAGCAGCAGCAGCAGCUGGUGUGAGGAAGCAGGGUUGAUGUCGGGAGCUUGAGUGUGUAUCUUCUCAGCUGCAAGUUUUAUGACAUCCAUACACAGAUCACGUCUUUCUCAGGAGAGGUUAAUGUCCAAACUGAGGCUCUGUAGAGCUGGGUUUUGAAGACAAUACCAAAAAAGAAAAAAAUCUCGUUACAAAUAUUUACAGGUUGAAAUAGUGUUUUGGAUAUAAUGGGCUAAAUAAAGUAUUGAAAUGAAUUUUA